UCUCUUUUGAUGGCGAUACACAACGUAAACAAGUGAUGAGCAGCUGGAUCUGAAUCUUGUAAUCUCUGCGGCAUUUGUGUUCUGGAAUGGAAGUCCAUAUUAAACGCGAUUAUGACGAGGAACGACAGCCACAGGGAGACGAACAACAAUCAUCUAUCAACGAUGUCUGUGGCAAAGAAUUGAACACGCCAGAGGAACUGAUUAGGUCUAAGGUUGACCAAACGCAAACAUGUAGCGUUUGUGGGGAAGCAUUCACCUCGAACCGUGCUCUUGUUCAACAUACGAAAGAUCACCUCGAACAUGAGAGAUUUCAGUGUAAUAUUUGUGGGGAAAACCUGUUAAAUCAAAGAUACCUUCGGAACCACCAAUUUAUUCACACCGGCCGGCCGUACAAAUGUGAUAUAUGCGGUAAAGAGUUUAAGGUUAAGAGCAUCUUUAGUCAACACCAACGAAUUCAUUCCGGCGAACGACCGUACAAAUGUGAAAUUUGUGACAAACGAUUCACCAUUAAAGAAGGUCUGACACGACACGAGCGAAUUCACACGGGUGACAAACGAUUCAAAUGCAACGUUUGCGGCAAUGCUUACUGCGAUAGGAGUGCUUUGAUUCAACACCGGCGUAUUCAUACCGGCGAGCGACCUCACAAAUGUGACAUUUGUGGCAAAGGGUUCGUCACUUCGAGUCAACUUUUACGCCACAAACGAACGCAUACCCGUGAACGGCCUUUCGAGUGUAACCUUUGUGGUGAAAGAUUACCGGAAAAGCAAAAACUCGCACAACAUAUGUACUCUCACAGUGGCAUUUGGCCGAACCAUUGCGAAAUCUGUGGCAAAGGAUUCGUGUACCUUCGAACGCUCACCAUUCACAGGCGACUUCAUACCGGCGAGCGGCCGUUCAAGUGUGACAUUUGCGGUAAAGGCUUUGCGAGGAACGAUACCAUUAAGCAGCACAUGCGGGUUCACACGGUUCGGCAUGAGUGCGACAGGUGUGACAAACAGUUUACUACUCUUACAUCUCUCGAAAAACAUCUGCGGAAGCACGGUGUUGGGGAAAAGUCUGCUUUGUCUAAUAAAUUACAAUUACAGAUUUACAUUCUUACACAUAACAUGGAAAUCGUCGAAACAAAAAGUACAACAGCGUGUGUGGUUGAACAACAACAAAAUCGCCUACCAGAAGUCAAACUCACACACAAGUGCGACAUCUGUGGCAAGGGAUACCCAACAAAUUACCUCCUUCAACAGCACUUGCGGAACCACACGGGCGAACGACCGUACCGGUGUGACAUCUGUGGCAAAGAAUUCUUCCUCAAGCAAAUUCUGAAGCGACAUUCACGUGUGCACACUGGUGAACGACCCUACAGAUGCAGCAUUUGUGGCAAAGAAUUCCCAGACAGUGGCGAAUUGAUACCUCAUCACAUGCGUAUCCAUGCUAACAACCGUCCAUUCAAGUGCACUACCUGCGGCAAAGGGUUCGUUAAUACCACCUGCCUUCGGCAGCACAUGUUCGUCCACAGCCAAGACCAACCAUACAAAUGCGAAAUCUGCGGUAAGGGAUGUUUAAAGGCAAACCAGUUGGUUCGGCAUCAACUAAUACACACUGGCGAACGGCCACACAAGUGCGAUAUCUGUGACAAAUCGUUUAACCAGAAAAUCCACAUGGUGGUACACCGGGCCAUCCACACUGGCGAGCAAGCGUACCGGUGUGAGAUUUGUGGUCAGGGUUUCCCUGCCGCUAGUCAUCUAACACGACAUGAACGCAUUCAUACCGGAGAGCGACCCUUCCGGUGUGAUGUUUGCGGUAAAGAUUACAUUCGAAAUAGCCAUCUCAUGCGGCACAAACUUACACACACGGACGAGCGACCGUACGAAUGUAGUAUCUGUGGAAAAGCGUUCCGGGAUAAAGCUCCUCUUCGCCAGCACCAGCUGAACAAUCAUUCCGAUGCAGCGGAACGUGUUGGAAACGACAGUUCUAUUCCGAUUGACUUAACAGUUCCACAGAAAUACCUGCCGGUCGAAGUUAACAAACCAAGUGCUUACCUUCCUGAAGGAAGUCUCCUUCGUGACCCACGAAUUAAAUUUGUUUACAUUCGACUAGUUUUGAUUCCAGUCCGGUCGCCCAGGAAGUUCAGUCUAAGCACGAAACAGCGAACCAAAAUUGUUGUCUUUUCGCCUGAUAACGAAAUGUUCUUCGUAUUUACUGUUCUUCAUGAAUUCGAUAGCAAGAUUUCCGACUUGAUAGCGAGCUGUGCUGGCGUUGCGAUAAGAGCAGAGGACGUUUUUUCAAAAAAUGUCUGCCGGAAAUGUUUACAAGAUUUGUCCGAAGCAGUUCGGUUUAGGGAACGCUGUCUUAAAGCAGACUUUUUUCUGCAAAACGUGAAAAGUGAGCAAGAUUCUCGGGAAACAAAGUCUGUUGUGCUACCAAGUGCCAAUGAACGAGAAAAAAAUACUGUCGUAACGGAAGUAAAAGAAGAACGCUCAAAUGUGGACAAUCUUCCAACAGAAUCUAUCCCCGAUGAUUUAAAUCUGGACCCUCCCAUGGUUUACCAACAUUUAUUUGCUGGUGACGAACCGAGUAAAACAAUCGUCCCUGCCACAGUUUUGGCUUCCGAGCAAAAGCGCACCUGUGACAUUUGUGGCAAAACAUACACCAGGAGCAGUCAUCUAAAAAUUCAUAAACGAUGUCACACUGGCGAACGGCCCUUCAAAUGUAACAUGUGCGGAAAGGGUUUUAUCAGCAAUAGUCAUUUUACUUAUCACAUGCGCAUUCAUACCGGUGAGCGGCCUCACUCGUGUGAUAUCUGUGGCAAAGAGUUUGUUACCAAGAGUGAUCUGACACGGCAUGUUCGCGUACAUACUGACAAACGACCGCACAAGUGCGAGUUUUGUGAUAAAACUUUUUCCGGAAUUAGUAACAUGUUGAAACACAAGCGUACUCACACCGGCGAGCGACCGUACAACUGUACAGUGUGUGACAAAGGAUUCACUCAGAGCAGUCAUCUGACGAAACAUAGACGCAUUCACACCGGUGAACGUCCGCACAAGUGCGAUAUCUGCGGCAAAGAUUUCAUCGAAAGCGGUCACCUAAAUGAACACAGAUUAAUUCACACUGGCGAGCUAAAACCCAAGUGUAACAUUUGCGGCAGACGGUUCAGUGAAAUCGAAGACAUGGAACAGCACAGGUUGUCACAUACCGAUGAACGAACGUACCGGUGUGAAGUUUGCGGCAAGUGUUUUCUUAGAAUAGGAGAGUUGUCUCAGCAUAAACGUAGCCAUCCGGCACAACGACCCUACAAGUGUGACAUUUGUGGUAAGACCUUCAUACGAAGCAGCUCGCUAUCGCAGCAUUGCAAACGACACCAUCAGCGAAGGGGUAAAAAGAAUGUCAUGGGAAAUCCUGUUGAGGGAUGUGACAAGUUGGUGAAUGUAACAGCUGCCGUGGCGAACCAAUCCGAAUCAAUAAAAUCUACAAUUGUUCCUUGAUUGUGCAUUAGUGUUCUAUUAGUAAACGAUAAUGAAUCGAACUUCGCUUGGCUUUUUCUAAGAACGUGGUAGUCUAAGGCGAAAAUACGUAUAUGUUCAUUUCGAUAAAUACCACCUGGUGGAAUUAAAGGGAAACUAUCCUUUUUUAUUUAACAGGUCUUAACCCAUUUUUCAUAAAUGUACGCUAAAAGCUACGCCAAAAUAAGUCA